GCUUUUGCCACGGGGGUCGGGGUUCGCGUUCGCCGCCGCCGCCGCCGCCGCCGCCGCCGCCGCGCUCUUCUCUCGCUCCUGACGCGCCGCCGAGAUCCAGCUCUCCCUUCCCCCGCCACGCGGGAGCCGCCGCGGAAAACCCUAAUCCCCUCUAGAGCUUGUUGGGCCUUGGGCUCGAGCUCGAGCCGAUUGCUCUCCCACGAUGAUCUCCAUUUCCCCCUGAUCGUCAUCGCCGCCGCGCCCCGCCGGCUCCGAUUCUCCUGCACCGACCCGGCCCACCGAUCGCCGCCCCUUAGCCCCCCGGAGAAUGGCCGCCUCCGCCGAUCCUCCCUCCAGCCACCACUUCCCCCGCGGCUCCGACCCCCCCGCCGGCAGCCCCCGAUCGCGCCGCAAGAACCUCCCCUCGCCUCGGUCCCAGGCCUCCCGCCUCGAGGCGGAGGCGACGUCGCCGUGCCCCUCGCCGCCCCCUUGCGGUCGGCGGCGGAGGCGGAGGCGGAGGCGGAGCGGGCGCCGGGGUCCCCGCGGAGGCCGGCGCCGCAGCCCGAGGGCGGCUCGGAGGAGAGCCUCGACUGGAGCGGGGGCAAUGUCGUCUCGGUCCAGCCGAGGAAGCCAGCGUGGAACAAGCCGUCGAGCGAGGCCGUCGACGCGGGCCCUGUGAUGGGAGAUGCGGUGUCCUGGCCGGCGUUGUCGGAGUCGGCGAGGGCUUCUCCCAAAUCGCCGAGUGUAGACGCUUCGUCUUCCAAAGCCGUGCCUGUAGAGUCCGUCUCCAUUUCGCAGGCUCGCGUGGAAAUUCCCUCGGGACCUCCGGUGAUGCAUUCACCACAGAAGCAAGCUGCCUCCAACAGCCUGAAUGCUAACUCAACGUCAAAUAAUUCACCGACAGCUCGCCAAAAAAUUAACAGGCGUGGUGGGGGUGGGAACAGCAACUUUCCCAAUGCAUAUGGGCAGGGUGGUUUUGCUCACCGUCCCAUACCACCGCCUCCACCUCCGCCAUUACCGCAGUUUCCAAUAUUCCAAAUCGCUUCAAACCCUUAUGGAAAUUUUAUACCACAGAUGGCCAAUGCGGCUGUAAGAGAUCCCACGUACAAGGGCAAUAACUGGGACGGAAGACCAGUGAGAGGUUUUGUGUCUCCGCCACAUGUUAUGACCGAUCAUCGUAAUUCUUCUCGGAGGGGGAAUUCUGGGCCUCAUCAUCGUGGAGACGGUUCACCUCGUAACAGUAAUAAUAAUGGUACCAGGCGCGAUAGGGACCGUGGAAAUUUCUCAGGUGCUAGAGAUGUUAAUGUGCACGCUCAUAGAGCAAAUCCUAGAGGCUUUGUGCGGUCUUCACCUCCGCCACCUACCUCCCCUCAAUUUGUUGGUCCACCGCCUGUGAGACCUCUUGUACCUAUGAGUUUUCCCGAUAUAUCUCCUCAAUUCUAUAUUCCUGCUUUGCCUGUGGAACCAUAUAGUGGUGGGCCAUUUUUUCCUCCUCCACCAUCCACUCCAAUGUUUAUGCCUGUUUCAGACCCUUCUCUUCCCAGUCACAUUGUCCGUCAGAUAGAAUAUUAUUUCAGUGAUGAUAACUUGGUUAAGGACGAGUUUUUGAAAUCAAAUAUGGAUACUGAAGGAUGGGUUCCCAUCUCUUUAAUAGCAACUUUUCGUCGAGUUACGAACCUCACUAACAGCAUCCAGCUUAUAUUAGAAUCCUUGAGAGAUUCAACGGUCGUGGAAGUCCAGGAUAAUAAGGUGAGGAGGCAGAAUGAAUGGGCUAAAUGGAUAUAUCGUGGCUCGCCAGCCUCCAGAUCAUUGAGUGAUGAAGAACUUGCUGCUUCUUUCGAAAAGAUGACAGCUCAAGAAAUCCCUGCUAACCAAAAUGAUACAACUGGUGAGGCAGACGUGCACCGUGACGCUGUUCCAAGAUAUUCACCAAAGUCUACUGACCAAGCCCAGCAUCCUGACACCGUUGGUACUGACUGUUGAUGCACCUGCUCAAGCGUACAUCCAUUAUUCUGUGGAACCACGAAAUUUGAAGUAAUUUUCAUCCCCAGAAGAAAGUGGGGUGAACUCAGUUUGGAAGUAUUGAGAUGUAAAGAUAAAGAGGCCAAUGCUGUAUAAGGUGGUUUAGCACCUGACUUGUUGGCUUUCCUUCGGUGACACCGACAUUGGCUUUCAGUUGUUUUGAUGAUGGAGAUAGUGAAAGCAAAAUAAGAGAUGCAUAUGUUGCUAAAGAUUCAGACAGUGUAAACGAGGAAUAGUUCAUACGAUUCCCCGGGGUUUUGUACUUCUGGUUUGACCGUUUGUAUAGUUUCGUCAAAACGUUGAAUGUUGUUCUACCUCGUGUCUAUGGGGUCAUCGGAAUUUGGGGAGCAACUGGAGGUUCUUUCCACCGAUACAUGUUUGUUUGUGAAUCAAUAAUAACUCCCCGCUAGGAGUGAACAAAUGAUGUUGCAGUUCUUCUCAGCUGCAUGGACUUCGGAGAAGAGAUGAAUCUUUUGUGUUUGUUGUAUU